AGAGUUAAGCUUCAUAAUCGUCAUCGUCAUUGUGGACCACCAAUGGAUGACAAUAAGGAGAAGCAGAAGCAGCAGCAGCAGCGAGUGGUGGUGUGUGGAGGUGGAGUCAUCGGCGUGUGUUGUGCGUAUUUCCUAGCAAAAAAGGGGGCAGCUGUCACUCUUGUCGAGAAAUCCUCGAUCGCCUGUGCUGCCUCAGGUAAGGCUGGCGGCUUCCUUGCACUCGACUGGUGUGACAGAGAACCCAUUUCGGAACUCGCCAGAGCAAGCUUCAACAUCCACCGCUCCCUCGCCCUCGAACUCGACGGAACCCAAGCUUACGGCUACCGUCCCCUCCACGCCCUCAGCCUCAGCCUCACCGAGAAAAUCCAGAAUCAGAGUCCCGCUCCCACCACGAGCAGUAGCAGCAUCCUCCCUACAUGGUUGGAUGGACCUGCCAAGGACACUAAGACGAUCGGCACGACGGAGACUACUGCACAGGUUCACCCGCAGCUCUUCACGAGGACCUUGCUCUCAUCGGCGGUGGCAACUCAUGGGGUGGAGGUGAUAAUCGGAGAGGUCGAUCAGGUGAGGUUGGAGGGAGGCCAGGCCCAGGGUGUAGUACUCAAAGGCAGAGACCAGGUGAUAAAGGCGGAUGCUGUGGUGUUGGCCUUGGGACCAUGGUCUUGUCGGUUGCCCCUGCUGUCAACCCUUUUCAGGGUUUUCGGUCUCAAGGUUCAUAGCAUCGUUCUGGAGCCGCGAAACCCCGCAGCCAUUACUCCUCAUGCCCUCUUUCUGAGCUACUACUCGGUCCAGGGUGGCAAACCCAUAGACCCCGAAGUAUACCCUCGUCCCACAGGCGAGGUGUACAUAUGUGGGAGGUCUGUGGAGACUGAAGUGCCCGACGAUCCUGAGCAAGUGGUGGGCGAUCCUGAGUCCAUUAAGGAGUUACAGAGGGUGGCGACGUCGGUAUCGAGCCAACUGGAGGAAGGAGAAACGCAUCUUAAAGCCCAACAAGCAUGUUUCUUGCCAUGUACGGAUGAUGGUCAGCCGGUGAUCGGAGAGAUGCCCAACGUCAAAGGUUGUUAUGUGGCGACAGGGCACAGCUGCUGGGGAAUCCUCAAUGGCCCUGCCACUGGGGCGGCCGUUGCUGAGCUUGUUUUGGAUGGGCUAUCCUCCAUUGUUGAUCUCUCCCCUUUCAGUCCCGCCAGAUUCGUUGGCGUCCGGAAACAGUAGG